AACAAAUAAACAUGAUAUUUACUCCCCGUUUCUCCAUUCUUUUUCCUCAUAGCAACCCUGUCAAUGACCAUAACCCUGUAUAUGACUAGUGGUGCCGACUGCGAAUUACCAUUUAUUUACCUUACGCGCAGACAACCCGACCCGAGUUCCCUCUUGCGUUUCCUCCUCCCUCUCCUUCAACUUCUAUCUUGUUCUUGUUACACGAAUCUCUUCUGCAUCUUCAAAUCCUUCUGUUUCUCACUCUCUUACCUUCUUCUACACUUCACUUAAUCAUCUUUUUCUUCUGCACUUUUAAUCUACUGAUUCAUAUUUUACCAUCGUUUUUCUUUGCGUUUUCUCUUUGUUUUUGGGUAUUAUUGUUCGUUCAGUAUUUGCUUUCAAUUGAUUUUUCUAUCUUUUUUUUUUGUGCUACAAUACAAUUAAGAAUACCUAACUUUGAUCAGCAAUUUCAAAGGAUGAUAAAGUAACAAUGGCGAGUGAAGAAAGCGGUGUUCACUCCGUUGCAGCUGCAGUUACUGCUACUGCUGAUCCUAAUUCACUUCAGUAUCAAGCCGAGGGAAGCCAGGUGCAUGCAUAUCAAUAUUACCCACCGACUACGCUGUCCACUCCAGCUGUAUGGCCAGUGCAUGGUGUUGAUCAUUCUAGUACAGGGAACACAGCUGUUCAAAAUGUGAGCUAUCAGUAUAAUCCACAGCAGCCUAACACUGUCCAGGAUUCGGCAAAUAUGCCUGGUAUUGCUUCUACGUCGUCAGCAUCAGGGACAGAUAAUGCUCCAAAUGCAUACACUAGCUAUGGCACCUAUUCAACUUCCACCAAUCCGUAUGGUUAUACAAGUUCUGAAUACUCGAAUUAUUAUAGUGGUUACCAGCAGCAGCCUACUCAACCAUACACUCAAGCUACUGGAACAUAUCCAAACUCAGGUUCUCCUUAUCAGCCUAUUUCCUCAUUUCAGAAUACUGGGUCUUAUGCUGGGUCUACAAGUUAUCCAAGCACUUAUUACAAUCCUGCUGAUUAUCAGACGUCUGGAGCUUAUACUGGAAGCGGUUACAGCAGCCAGACUAACAUAUGGAGUCAAGGAAAUUAUACAAACUAUCCUCACCAGUAUGGGAAUUACAGCCAUGAUACAAGCAGUGGCUAUGGCUCUAGUAAUGUUGCUUCAACUACAAAUUAUCAGCAGCAUUAUCCGCAAUGGGCAGAAUAUUACAGUAGUCAGACUGAGGUUACUUGCGCUCCUGGAACGGAAAAUACUACUGUUACAACUACUGCUCCAUUAUCCUGUCCUAUUCUCGGAGUUUCUAGUGGGUAUGUAACUCCUGCUAGUCAGCCACAACCAUCUUAUACCCCCUCUUGGAGGCCUGAGAUUAGUCCCGCUGCAUUGCCUUCACAACAGACAAGCAGUACGUUAGGUGCAUAUGAUGAUUACUGGAAACACGCCGCUCAAACUUUCCAGCACCAACAUGCUUCUACUUCGCAGUCCAAUUUUCAGAAGCCCUUAGAUAUCAACCUUUCCUAUCCUAGUGUUCACGAUCAACAGCAGACUCUUGUACCACAGGUACCCAAGUCACAGUAUACUGAGGCGCAACAGACUCCUCCACAACCCUUGCAACCCCUUACUCCUGUAGACACACUGAGGGUUAGUAAAUUUCAGAUUCCAACCAACCCUAGAAUUGCUUCAAAUUUGUCUUCAGAUUUGCCCAAAACUAUCAAGGAAACUCUCACAUCAAGUGCUACAGCAAACCCUGCCUAUGUUAGUAUUUCAGUGCCAAAGCCAAACACCAAGGUUAUGUCUAGCAAUGCUUCUGACUCAAAUCUCAAGCCUGGGGUAUUCCCUCCAUCACUUCGGGGUUAUGUGGAGAGGGCCUUGGCUCGCUGCAAGGAUGAAAAGCAACGAGCUGCAUGUCAGGAAGUUAUGAAGGAGAUAAUUACUAAAGCAACUACAGAUGGUACAUUAUACUCACGCGACUGGGACACUGAGCCCCUUUUCCAGUUGCCUGAUACAAGCUUAGUGAAUAAUCAACAGAGUACGGCACCAGUUGUGUCAUUGCCCAUAUUUAAAAGAAGUCCUAGUAGACGAACAAAAAGUAGGUGGGAGCCUUUGCCUGAAGACAAACCAAUUGAACAACCAGCAUCCACCGUUCAGGAUUCAGCCCGACAUGGGGUGUGGGCUCAAUUCAAUGGAAGGGAUCACAAGGUUGCUGCUGGAAAACCUGAUAGAAAGGAUGCGAUUUUCAGCAGAUUUUCUACAGUGGAACAGACCAGUGCUAGUAGAAGUGCUCACAGGCCUUCUAAGAGACAGCGCUUUAGUAAUGACUUCAAUGCUUCUGAAAAUGGUGAUGCCUCAAGUGAUAGUGAAAAAGAAUCAAGUUUGACGGCAUAUUACUCUGGAGCAAUCACACUUGCCAACUCUCCAGAGGAAAGAAAGAGACGUGAAAAUCGUUCUAAACGUUUUGAGAAAGGGAAUGGACAAAGAGCCGAGAAUCAUUACAAACCUAAGAGUAUUAGUUCUCGUAACUUAUAUGCUAGAAGGGCCACUGCAUUUAUUCUAAACAAAAGUUCUGAAGAUGGUGGUUCUAGGGCCGUUGAAGAUAUAGACUGGGACGCUCUUACAGUUAAGGGUACUUGCCAGGAAAUCGAGAAACGCUAUCUGCGGCUUACUUCUGCACCUGAUCCAUCGACCGUUAGACCCGAAGAAGUGCUAGAGAAGGCUUUGCAUAUGGUUCAGAAUUCACAGAAAAAUUACCUUUACAAAUGUGAUCAGUUAAAAUCAAUUCGUCAAGAUUUAACUGUGCAGAGGAUACGUAAUGAACUAACUGUUAAGGUUUAUGAAACUCACGCUCGACUUGCUCUUGAAUUUGGUGACUUUCCAGAGUUCAAUCAGUGUCAAUCACAGUUGAAAUCCUUGUAUGCUGAAGGUAUUGCUGGUUGUUACAUGGAAUUUUCUGCUUACAACUUGCUCUCUGUUAGCUUGCACUCCAAUAACAGGAGAGACCUGCUAUCGCUGAUGUCAAGAUUAUCUGACGAAGCUAAAACGCAUCAGGCCGUGAACCAUGCACUCUCUGUUAGGUCAGCCUUCACAUCAGGGAAUUAUGUCUUGUUCUUCCGACUAUAUAAGUCGGCACCUAAUUUGAACACUUGUCUUAUGGAUACACGCGUGGAAAAAAUGCGCUUUGAGGCUGUGAAAUGCAUGUCUCGUAUGUAUCGACCUACUAUUCCUGUUUUAUAUGUUGCUCAAGUUCUUGGAUUCAACAGCUUAUCCGAAGGUGAAGGAGGUGAUGGGAGAGAUGUAGAUGGAGUAGAGGAAUGCACAGUAUGGUUGAAGGCACAUGGUGCAUGUCUUAUUCCAGAUAAUAAUGGUGAAAUGAUGAUUGAUGCCAAGGUCACCUCAUCUAGUCUCUAUAUGCCUGAACCUGAAGAUGCUGUAUCUCAUGGAGACACCAAUCUUGCUGUGAAUGAUUUCUUUACUCGAGCAUCAACAUAACUUUGUGAUACUUUCCUGACCAUUGAUUGAUAAUGAGCAAAUCAUUUAGGGGGCGGGACUCAAUUUUAGAAAAGUCUGAGCCUCUGGGAUUGACUGUGGUAAGACGCAUUCCUUGGAGGAAAUGAUACCUUGUGUCAAGGGAAUAUACCGAUGAUAUUUGAGACACCAGAGAUGGACAGCAUAUCACGAAGACGCUGUUGAUUGACAUGGAGGGGCAUAAAUGCCAUGAUAAUCCUUUUAGCAACUGAUAUGUGGAAGAUUAGUUUGUAAUCAUGUUAGUGAAUCUAGUUGUAACAUCUAUUCAUUCACUUGUUCUACCAAAACGUACAUAUAGGAAAGAAAAGCAACACGAAUCAAUUUAUCAUGUAUUUUGGUGUAAUUUUUAUCAAUUUUGCUUCCUAGUCAAACAUCCAUUUUUACUCGUGUGUCCAUAUGUUUGUGUGUUCAAGACCUCAUUUAUAGAUGUUCCGUUAUUUCGAAUGUUAUGACAAUUAUCACCAAAACUUAAUCGGGA